GCUCCAUAUCAUUUCCCUCCAAAUUGAAAUUGGUGGGGAACUGAGAAGGGUUUUAGACAACCUUACCCGAGGGUUUUUGGCUAGUUUCUCAGAUCAAGAAUAUUACUGGAUAGGAGCUUUGUGAAGCAAAUCUUUGCUCAGAUUCAAGGAACAGAAAAAUGGCAUCCUCUUCUUCUUCUUUAACUUCUAGUUCGGGCCCAGAUAUUCCAUGGGUGGAGAAGUACAGGCCCACUAAAGUAGCUGACAUCGUCGGAAACGAAGACGCCGUAGCCAGGCUCCAAGUCAUCGCCCGCGAUGGCAACAUGCCCAACCUCAUCUUGGCCGGUCCACCUGGAACGGGUAAGACCACUAGUGUUUUAGCUCUUUCACAUGAACUUUUAGGACCAAACUACAAGGAGGCAGUUUUAGAGUUAAAUGCAUCAGAUGACAGGGGUAUUGAUGUUGUUAGAAACAAAAUCAAAAUGUUUGCACAGAAAAAAGUCACUCUAUCUGCGGGCCGUCAUAAGAUAAUAAUAUUGGAUGAAGCAGACAGCAUGACAUCUGGAGCUCAGCAAGCUUUGAGAAGGAUAAUGGAAAUAUAUUCAAACUCCACACGCUUUGCUCUUGCUUGCAACACAUCAUCAAAAGUUAUUGAACCAAUUCAGAGUAGGUGUGCCAUUGUCCGCUUUUCUCGAUUAACUGAUCAAGAGAUUCUCAGUCGUCUCAUGGUAGUGGUUGCAGCAGAAAAGGUACCUUAUGUUCCAGAAGGGCUUGAUGCGAUUAUAUUCACUGCUGAUGGUGAUAUGAGACAGGCCUUGAAUAACUUGCAAGCAACAAAUAGUGGAUUUGGGUUUGUCAACCAAGAAAAUGUUUUCAAGGUUUGUGACCAGCCCCAUCCCUUGCAUGUGAAGAGUAUGAUACGCAAUCUUCUCGAGGGAAAAUUUGAUGAUUCAUGUGCUGGUCUAAAGCAGCUUUACGACCUGGGUUAUUCUCCUACUGAUAUAAUUACAACCCUUUUUCGAGUCAUAAAGAACUAUGACAUGGCAGAAUACCUAAAGUUGGAAUUCAUGAAGGAAACUGGAUUUGCACAUAUGAGGAUCUGUGAUGGAGUUGGUUCAUAUCUUCAGCUCUGCGGUCUGCUUGCUAAGCUUGCUCUCGUUCGAGAUACAGCUAAAGCAGCUUAGAGUUAUAUGUACAUGAUAUGAUAGUUUCCCUUGGAAGACCUGGAGCCACUGUCUGCUUAAGCAGUUUUCAGCUGUUAACUUCCUGGCCAUGAAUCAUGCUUUCACCUGCACUUGGCACCUUUUGUCUUCUGAUCAUGAAUGAAGAUAUGUGAUGAUGAUAAUUAUUGCGGAACCUCUUUGGUUCCACCUUCCAAUCGAGCAAAUUAAUGAGAA